AGAAGAUACAAUUGCACCGACCCUGAAUACCAGGUUGCUACUCCAAACAUCUUACGGUCAGUGGAGAAAUCUGCCGGACUUUAGUGUCUCGUUCGGCAGUGUUCAUCAAAAGUCCGAUAACUGCGUUUCAACCGCCAUGGCAAAAUACAUAUUUAAGCUGGCCAUGCAAGGCCUUGAGUUUCUGCAGCGUUUUACCAAGGAAGCAUCAUACACGACGACCGCAAAACCUAUAGAUCCCACCUAACCAUAUCGAUCAUCUAAGCUUUGGGGGACGCCAACCUCUGCUACAAAUUUAAGCCACACACCAUGGCGACAAAGAUCGAUGCCAAGAAGACCAGUCUCCUUCUUCUCGACUUGCAGAACGGCUUCCUCAGUCGUCUCCCCGCGGACGCCUCGGCGGCGGUCGUCGCCAGCACGGCAUCCACAACUUCGACGGCACGCCAGCAUGGCAUUACGGUGACGUACGUUCACGCUGCGCUGACAGCGGACGAGAUUGCGGCUAUCCCAGAUCACAACGCCACCUUCGCAGCCAUAAAGGCCAGCAGCGAGAUCAGUGCGGCCAUGGCUCCAGACGCGGCCGCGACGCAGAUCCACGCGGCGCUUGCGCCCGCGCCCGGCGAGCGCCUGCACCGCAAGAUCAGGUACGGUACCUUCAUGACGGGCCCGUCCACGGCGAUCCUGGACGACUUCCGCGCUCGCGGCAUCGACACGGUGAUCCUCGGCGGCAUUGUCACCUCCGGCGCGGUGCUCAGCGCCGUCAGGCAGCUGGCCGACCUGGACUUCCGCCUCUUUGUUCUGGAAGACUGCUGCGCCGACUACGACCAAGACGUGCACAACGUGCUGGUCCAAAAGGUGCUGCCCAAGCAGGCCACGGUCAUCAAGAGCGCAGACCUGGCCGGCUUGCUUUAGCUGUCGUCGUUCGCCUUUCUUCAACAUCCGCAACGAUCACGCGUGACUCACGACAAGGGGAGCGUCGCCGUUUUAUUCAGUUUGAGCAGAGAGAAAAAGAAGGGAAGUUUCUUUUGACCAGGCCAGAGCCUUCACGGAAAACAUCCCCGGCUUGCCGAGCUGGCUAUGGAUCUUCACGCUGCGGAGGGGAAUUGACACGGUGUGGAUCGAAGCAUUGCUCGAGUUAAAACGCAUAGCUCUGCCGUCGAGUAACGACAGAAUAGCGAACCACCUAUCUUCUAUUUCAGUCUGAACCAAAUUUUCUCAGUUUACAUUGAAA